UGGCGGCACCGGUGUGAGUGUUUUCUGUGAGCUCCUGCAGAUUGGAUAAUAUUUUUCGACAGAACAACUCCUCGUGAAUUUAUCAGGGUCCCCGUGCUUCCUAAAGUUGUUUGUAUAGUUAUUAAGUGCCUUUGUGUUCGAUCAGUACUUUGUUUGAGUGAAAACUGCCGAAAAUGAACACACGGAAGAAGCGAGGAACGGCGUCGGAGCAUGGCGACGACACGGACCCAGGUGCAGAAUUUGAAUCUUUUGUUCGGGACCAGUUUAAACUACUGCUGGAUGGUCAGAAGGCACUACGUAGCGAAGUACGGGCACUAGAGGAAAACUUGGAGAAGAAUGUGGAGAUGCUCGAGUCCCGUUUGGAAAGAAAUGAAGAAAAAUCGCGCGAGUUGGAGACGAAACUACGCGAGGUGGAGCGCCAGACUACCGAGGGUUCUGAGCGGGUGAAAUCGGCGACUGAGGAGAUUGCUGACUUACAGCGUAAGUGCAACAAACUCGAACGGUUCUCUCGCCGGAAUAACAUCAGGAUCAUCGGAAGGAAGGUGGAGAGGGGAGAGAACUGUUUAAUCACGGUACAGAAGAUCCUGCGGGAGAAAUUCGGGCGGACGGACAUCAAGAUUGAGCGCGCUCAUCCCGACGGCCCCCCCCAACAAACAUGGCGGAGACAAGACACCACAACACAUCCUUUUCAAAGUGAACUGCUACCAGGACAAGAUGCACCUCAUGAAAGCGUCGCGUGAACAGCUGAAGACAGAGAACUAUUACCUCACGGAUGACUUAACUGCCGCGGACUUACAAGAGAAGCGUAAGUGGAGAGACAAAGUGAAAGAAGCAUAUGAACAUGGUAACAAGUAUCGUUUCUUCAACGGCCUAUGGCGUGAUAGCCAAGGAAAACCUGUGAGCUUUGAAUAAAAACGUUCACUUUCCGAGUACACACUGUUUCUGAACUGUUUUUUCAGGGAGAGAAUUGAGUGACUGAAUGCAACACAUCUUGUUUUCUCACCCUCCUAAGUUAUUUAUCAUUUAUGUUAUU